AUGGACCCGCUCGAGCGACACACGCUUACCGUCUAUUUGCCGGGAAAGGAGAGCGUGCACUCCCUACGUUGCGACGCGUCCUUGACCGUCGGACGCCGGCCGUCGAGCGGCAUCGUGCUCGAGGACGCGCGGGUGUCGGCCGAUCACUUGCGCUUCACGGCAAACCACGAGCUGUACAUUACCGACUCGUCGUCCAACGGCACCUUCCACAACGGGAAGCGGCUUCCGAAGGGCGAGCCGCGAGCGCUGCAACCGGGGGAUCUCAUCUCCCUCAUUAUGCCCGUUAAGCGUCCCCCGCCGGAGCUGAGCGAGGAGAAGCGGGCAGCGCUCGUGUGCGCCUUUCGCUACACGGCGGCGGUGGCGGAGGAGGACGGACCGGCGCCAGCGCCGGCCGCGCCGCCUGCUGCUGCGGCGGCGAUGCAGGCGCCGCCGGCCGCGUCGCCUGCUGCGGCGGCGGCGGUGCCGGUGCCGGCGCCAGAGGCGCGCACUCCGGCGGCGGCGGGGCCGAAACCCGCCGAGGCAGCGAGUGAGUGGAGGCCGAAGAAGAGAGACGAGCCGAAGAGGAAAGAGUCGGCGCUCGUCUCGGCCGGGCGGCUCGCAGGCGGCAAGGAGGCUGGCGGCAGGGCGAAGGGCGCGGCGGCCCCGCGCGAGCCGGCGGCGGCCAAGGCAGGAGCCGCGGAGGGACAGAGCGCAGCCUCCCUCCCAGCGAGACGGCCGCCGCUCCCGCCGAGCCGGCCGCCAAACCACGGCAGCGCCGCAGACGACGUCGCAGCCGAAAAACCAGACGCCGACGACGAGUUUGGCUUCGACGAGGAGGAGGUACGGCGCGGCUCAAGCGGCGCGUGCACCUCCACCACCCUCGCGGACGUGUUCAGCUUCAUGCGGGGGUAAAACGCUCGUCGAUACUUACAGUAAGCAUGUGGCUACGAGAGCUUGGCCUCGAGAGCGAGGCUACGACGGGGUGUUUAUGCCGAGAGAUCCCUCCGGCACCCCGCGCCAUGUCGAGAUCGCGUUCGCGAGUCUUCCUUGUCCGUUUUGUCGAGAGAGAGUCUGAGCUACUGAGAGAAGAGUGUGUACUCUGAGGACGUACGGCGCUUUAGCUUUUAUUCGUUAGAAUUU